AUGUCUCGUCUUCCCGCUGCCGAGAAACUGCCUUUGGCGCUCCGCAAGAACAUCCGCGAUGACUGGGAGAGCAAGAAAGAAGACCUCCAGAAGCAGCUUUCGGACGUCCUUGGCGCCGAGUGGACGUUGAACGACAUCAACCCGAACGAGCUCUACCCGUACGCCGGUGAUGGCUACGCCAAGCAGUCUCUCGGCAGCUGUAUAGCUCAGUACAUUACAUCCGCCAUCUACAACCUCAAGUCUUAUACAGAGAACUACGGCGAGGAAGGUAAGAACGAGAUCAACUCAAUCUGCCAUACCCGAUCCCUCAUCAUCGACCUCGAUGACCGUCCCAAGGACAAUCGGGUCUCGUACUGCGGCGUGACGGUCAAAGACGGCAAGCUGGCUCUCGUCUUCUCCGAGGGCAACCUCGGCACUAACGUCGACUACGCCAUUGACUCACAGGGUCUGCUGAAGGCUCUCAACGAGGCCCCGCCCGCUCCCGGGGCCGACGCAGCCAUGAGCUACGCCGCGCGCACCUCCAUCAGGCAGGAGUACGACGAGAAGAUUGAGGAGACCCGCAAGAAGCUGGGCGACAUGCUCGAAAAGCCCGACAUCGUCCUCGUGCCCAACUUCGAGACCAACUUUGCCAAGAUCAUGGAGGAGAGCAAGAAGAAGAAGAGCGAGGUCAGGGAUGACUGGGAAAGCAACCUGGGCAAUUUCACACGGAUGUACUUUGAGGGCCUGGUGUACCAGAUGGGAUACCAAAAGUUCGACGAGGACGACCUUUUGAGGGAGGGUUUCAACGAGGCCGUCGACAAGGGCGAGAUUCACUUUCGCAUUGUGGACAAGAUGUCGUAUGCGACGUACGGCGAGGUUGUCGUCGAGGACGGGGCUGUUUAUGUCCAGACUCAAGCCAAGAACUUUGGAACAAACGUCGACUAUGCUGCCGAGAAGAUGUUGGAUCAGCUUUAA